AUGGUGCUCACACACACUACCAACCAUACGUACAGCCAUCCCUUCCCGACGGUGACGCUCGCCUUCUUCCUGCGGUACUGCUCCCCGCAACUCAACCCGUUCGCCAGCCAUGUGCUCAGCACCGACACCAUCUCGUCGCACGUCGACCCGGAGACGGGCCGGCUGCACACGACGCGCAUCCACCUGAAGAAGUCCCGCAUGCCGCCAGCCGUCAUGAAGCUGCUGCCCACCAGCCUCACCGGCGGCGGCGCUGCCGACAAGGCGUCGUAUAUUCUCGAGUCGAGCGUCGUCGACAUGCGGGAAGGGUGGAUGUCGACCGAGAGCCGGAAUCUCAACUUUGUUGGCGUGCUCUCGGUCGUCGAGCGACAGAUGUACGUAGCGCCGCGCGCGGCCAAUCAUGCGUCUGGUGGGACCACAGACGUCGAGACCAAGGUGGUGUUCCGUUCGCGUCUCGGGGAGCGCAUCAGGGACCGCCUCGGCCAUCCGUCCUCGGCUGCGGCUACCACAGCGGCUGCGCCAACAGACUCGGCCAGCAACCAUGGCCAGCAGGAUGGCUGGCUCUCCCGGUUCGGCGCUCGCGGCGUCCAGCGGACCAUCGAGUCCCUCGCCUCGACCAAAACGCAGGACCAGCUCGGCAAGAGCCGCGAGGGCAUGCGCAUGAUACUGGAGCGGCUGCGCCAGACGGGAAUCAUUGGCGUUCUCGAGCUCCGGAAGAUGGCUCGGGAACGUAGCAUGGAGGCCGUCUGA